AGACGGAACCAGGCGGCGGCGGCGGCGGCGGCGGCGGGAGAGGCGAAGCCAUGCGCCGCCCGAAGAGAGCGCAGCCCCGAGUUAAGUGAAUCGUUGCAGUUGUGAAGGUAGUCACACAGCUGUUAGGUGAAACUGGCUUCCCCGUUGACUUGUCACAAGGUCGCAAAAGCGGAUUGCAUGGCCCCGGGACACUGCGACCCGUCAUAAAUAGGAACCAGUUGGCAAGAAUCCAAAGUUCGAUCCUGUGACCACGGGGGGAUGCUACAGUGAUCAUCCCCAUUUCCUGCUUGGAUCUUCUGAGCAAUCUCAGUGGAGGAGGAAGGGAAUCCGCUGGGUCUCCCCUGAGAACCAUUGAGGAUGGCCCAGUCCAGGUCCAGCAGCGGCUCCCACUACGCCCUGACGGCCAUUGGGCUGGGGAUGCUGGUCCUUGGAGUCAUCAUGGCCGUCUGGAACUUGGUCCCGGGCUUCGGCCUCAGCGCCAAGCCUCACCCGACCGGCGGUCACCACAACGAGACCGAGGUCAGCAAAGGGCUCCUGCACAGGAACAAGACCUUUUCGGUGGCCUACGUCCUGGUCGGCGCUGGCGUCCUGCUGCUCCUCUUCUCCAUCUGCUUGACCAUCCGGGACAGAAGGAAGCCGAGGCACCACCAAGACGACGUUGUCCGGACACGACCUCAGCCCUCGUCCGAGCAGCCUCCCCCAGAGGACAGCCAAGAAGACGACAACGACAGCCUGUCCCGCUACUACGUGCCCAGCUACGAGGAGGCGGUCAACGGCCUCUACCCGCAGGAGCCCAGGCUGGAGGCCGAGCGUGGCACCCGCAUCAGCAUCUCCCUUCCUUCCUACGAGUCUCUCACGGGGCUGGAUGAAAGCCUCCCCACCAGGCCCAGCCAGGCCGCAGGGACAGCCAUGGGGGCGGAGCGCCCACCCGCCCGGCAGAGCUCCCGCCUCAGCAAGCGCCUCAAGCCCUUGAAAGUGCGCAGGAUCAAGUCUGAGAAGCUGCACCUGAAGAACCUCCAGCUGGGCAGCACCCCUCCUGCCCGGGUCACCAUCGAGCCGCUCACUCCCCCUCCGCAGUACGACGAGACGCCCCCCAAGCUGCCAGACCCCCGGGAGGGGGAGUCCUGAAGCCGCUCCGAGGGACCCCUUUGCAGGAAGCACCGGAAGCGCUUUUGGGGCAGGGUGGGGAUGUCUCAUGUCCGGUUGCAAGCGUUGGAGCCAAGCCAGAGGCCCACCGGGAGGAGAAAAGGGAUGAGCCAGGCUCUCGCAGAUGGCCUCCGUGGUGUUUGUCCUCGUGAUCCCGGCCCAUCCGGGAUUUGAGAAAUACCCCCCCCCCCUCCCCCCCCAAGGAAACCACCCCCCCCCCCCCCCCCCCGCCCCAGACCAGACUCCGCCCUUUUCUCCUGCUCUUUCCUUCCAACCUGCUGGAUGGAUAGUUUGGGAAGGUUGCCAAAUCCCCUCUGCAAACUCGGCUCAGGGCCAGGGGGGGCUGAGGGGCAGGUUUGAUACCAUCUUAGCAAUAUGAACCUUGAGGUUAUAGUGUAUCUGUGCGUUUGUGUGUGUGUUUUUUCUAAAUUAUGUCAUUUUUAUAUCUGUUUGGUAAUGAGCACCUCUCCAAACUAGCUCUCCAGUCUGGCAUGAUUGCCAGGCUAAUUUUUAAUUUUUUUGUGGCAGUUUCCAGCAAUGGGGCUUCAAACCCGGCCUCCUUUUCCACCAAAUGUGGGUUUUCGGCAAAGCGAAGGAAAUUCGGGAAACUUGAAAUCAAACAUUGCAAGGGCCAAAGAGAACAGCCCAGAUCCACCGGGAUCUGCUGCAGGCUCCAGAAACAUCUUCAUUUGGGGAGGGAGCUCUGGACCAUCUCCCCUGUUGUUCCUCUUGGGUUUUGUAGCUGCUGAACUGGAAAUGUGAAACUUCUUUUUCCAAGAGGGUGUAACUUUUUUUAAACUGGAAGGUGGGGAGGAGGGGGGGAAGGAA